ACCCACAGGCCAUCCAAGAACGCCGUAAAUCAGCGCUCACUACACCCGACCCUUUCUUUGCACAGGUGCCAGGGCUGCGACGGCAGUCUGUCGCACCCAACACACCCUCUGCCCCGAGUGGUGGCAACACGCUACGGAAACUGCCAUCCCUGCUAGAUUCUGCCGUCCGCACCGUCGGUGAGCGCAGUACAUCUCCCACCAAGUCAGGCGAGAGGAGCGUAUCGCCGGCCAAAUUCGGAGGGAGAAGUAUAUCGCCCACUAAGUUCGGAGAGAGGAGUGUGUCCCCUACGAAGCUCUUCUCUUCCCCUGUGAAAUCGUUUGAAACGCCUGCGAAGGCGUACACGCCUUUCGGGCGCCCUCCAUCGCCUUUGAAGGCACCGCUGACACCACAUAGUGAAGAAGAUGAGGAGGACACGCGGAGUUUGUUGGAUCGGAUGAAGCGAACUGUGGAAGGGAUGAAACGGCGUAGGAGUGUGGGCCCGUCUGGGGAAGAUGAGCGUGAGUAUGAGGAGGAUGGCGAGGAUGAAGUCACAUCGGGCGCUGAGCAGUGUAUGGAUGUCGAGGAGAAUGCAGAAGAAGACAUCGGCGAGGAACAACAAACAGAUGAGGAAGAAGAAAACAGCGAUAAAGAGAACGGCCUUGCAUCCUCGCUCCGGGAACCCCAAUCCUCUUCACACCCCGAGCCUGGCCUCGGGAUGACUGACCCAUCCGAACACAUGCCUGCACCUCUCUCGCCCACGCGCAUCGCGCUUGACCUUGAUCUCGAACUGGAGAGGACGCCACUACCCCAGCUCACGCGUCCCACCUCCCGCCCGCAGCGAAAGAAUGCACCGUCGUUUGCGGGGCCGCAGACACCUGCCCUCGCGUCACUCAAGCAUCUCUUCCCUCCACCAGCACCGGUGCCAAGUACGCCAGCAGUGAAGAGCAUGCGUUCGCUGUUCCGCGGGGCUGGUAAUGGUAUCGGGGUGGCGAUGGCAAAGGAUAUGUUGGAGGGUGUUGGAGAGAUGAUGAUCACACCUGAGGGGUAUCGAGUGCGUGUCGAGGACGUGGAUGAACUGGAGGGUAUGAUGGAACGGGAGGAGCAAGCACACAGGAGAGAGACGGAGGAGCCACGCAAACCUACAAGAACUGCCUCCCGCAAGACCCCCGUUCCUGUUACUUCUGGUCCCGGGCCCACCACAACAGCGAUUCGUCGCCGCACGAGAACUACUACGAGCUCGGGGGCUCCUGUCUCCAAGGAGAAAGUGCCAUCGACUUCCAAGACUGUUUCUCGUGUGGAGACGGUAGUUACAAAAAGGGUACCAAUCGCACCUCCAAAACGUGCAGAGAAAGAAAAGGUAAAAAUGCCAGAACCUGCACCACAGCCAGCAGCCGAACCACGUGCAGAAGACAAAGCAGAGGAAGACGGAAUUAAGGAGAUUCCGCCUCAGCCCGCCGCACAAAUGAAACCUGCAAGAGCGCGUCUGCUUCGUGCGCGCAAAGGGGUCGCAGCUGAUAACUCGGACGAAGAGCCUGCUGCUGCACCAAGAAUGCGAGAUGCCAGUACUGAGCCUAGGAUGCGUGCUGCUAGUACUGAGCCUAGGGCUCGUGUGACUACUACCACAACAGCAAGAAAAACUAAAAUGGACGUUGAAACGGCCCCCAAAACCCGGGCGGCCCGCAGCCGUGCCACCCCCGUCCCAGUUGCUCGAUCUGAGCUUGCGAAGGCACGCCCACGAGUUCCUGCGAAGCCAAAGACCGCAACCACGACAACCCGUGCCCCCUCACGGAGUAAAAUGCGUAGCACGGAAGACGACGACGAUGCUGAUGGGGAUGACCCCCUUGAUUCGAUCACGCAGCCUGAAGCCCCGGCUCCCAUACAGAGGGCGAGACGCACGCGAGCAGUGACUGCACCUGUGAAAGAGGAGGACAUCGAUGUUCCGGUUCCUGGGAAGGCGAAGAGCACAACAACGACCCGCAGACGUGCGGUGACGGCUGUAGAUAAGGAAAAUACUCCGUCGAGUUCGAAGGAGGAUGAGGGUGAGCGGAAGAAGGAGGUGGAGGUGAAGCGCACGACACGGGCGACGAGGUCACGAACGUAAGGUUGUGUUGAGUGGACUUUGUUUGUUAUCUGUUCUGAACUUCUCUGCCAAACGAUUGUAAUCACCCUACUACGUACGUUAAGUGUUCGGGUGAUAUGUGUACUACUAUAGUAUGCGAUCCUAGGAUGAACACGCUACCGCUGGCUAUACUGACUUUCUACCGACUCAGCUCUCGUCUAGGCUCUGG